UUUCCCUCACGGCUCGCGUUGCCUCUCCUUUCGGGCAGCGAGCGUUGUCGUCCGUGUGGGACGACGUCAUUCGCGGCAGUUUUUGUUUUUUUAAAAAAAAAAAAAUAGGGCAAUGUUAUGUCAGCCUUUAGCUCAGGCCAGCUUCAGAGAGGGCGGUCUAAAGCGGGUUCGAUAGAGGGUUAACUCCUCCGAAGUUGAUGGUUGUAAGCAACGGGUUUUCCCAACCUCCAUACAGGAAAAAAACCGCAAAACGUGGGUUCCCAAUUUAAACGUGGCCGGAGUUUUAUGGGAAGCCAUAACACGGGAGGAACGGUUCGUUGCUUCCGCGGAGCUCAUGGUUGUCACCUGAAGGAAACAAGAUUCCCCCCCACCCCUUUUAUUGAAAUGCUAACUGGGCAGUUGCUCCUGAUUUUACUCAUCAUGCACACAGUGCUUCGCUAUCGGCAGUAGCUGUGAAUGAAAGAUAUGUAGUCACUGGGAGCAAGGAUGAAACUAUACAAAUCUAUGACAUGAAAAAGAAGGUAGAACAUGGAGCAUUGGUACACCACAAUGGCACUGUAACCUGCUUGGAAUUCUAUGGGAAUGCUCAUCUAUUGAGUGGAGCUGAAGAUGGUCUCAUAUGUAUUUGGAAUACAAAAAAAUGGGAAUGCUUGAAGUCAAUUAAGGCCCAUAAGGGCCAUGUGACAUCUCUUUCUAUUCAUCCUUCUGGAAAGUUGGCUUUAUCAGUUGGAACAGACAAAACAUUAAGAACAUGGAAUCUUGUAGAAGGAAGAUCUGCAUUCAUAAAAAACAUAAAACAAAAUGCUCAUCUUGUUAAAUGGUCGCCAAGUGGUGAGAUAUACGUGGUGGCUAUAGCUAACAAAGUUGAUAUAUACGACCUGGAAACAGCUUCUAUCAGUGGUACCAUUGCUACAGAAAAAAGGAUAUCUUCAAUAAAGUUUAUCACUGAUUCCAUACUUGCUAUUGCAGGAGAUGAAGAAUUCAUACGAUUAUUUGAUUGUGAAUCUCAAAAAUGCCUUUGUGAAUUUAAAGCUCAUGAAAACAGAAUCAAAGCACUGUACAAUUUCAAAAUGGAAGGCUUACAUAUUCUAGUAACAGCAUCAAGUGAUGGUUACAUUAAGGCAUGGAAUCUGGAUAUUGAUAAGAUUGAGAAUGCCCCAUCGUUGCUAUGUGAAAUCAAUACCAAAGCCAGGCUUACCUGCUUAGCAGUAUGGCUCAAAAAAGAUUUUGAAACAGGGCAGAUCCCUGAUGAAGCCACACCGUCUUCAUCUCAGGUACAUGAAGCAGAGCAGCAGCCACUUAAGAAAAAUAAAAUUUGUUGGACUGAUAGUAAUAAACCUUCAGAGGAAAAUGGCCAGAAAGCCGCUCUAAAAAGAAAAUCAGGAAAUAUUCAGCAAAAGAAGAAGAAGAAGUUACAGAGAUUAAAAUAAAUAUGCAGUCAUUAUCAUAUUCCAUACUAAAUAUAUAAUGAAGAACCAAUUUGUUUUUCACUUUAAGACAUUUUUCAUUUUCAGUACCUUAAGAAUAUUUUAUAUAUUAAUGUUUCUACAAAAUAGCUAUUAUAUUUCAACGGUAACAAUACCCAGAUCUUGUUUUUAAGUGUGAAAAUAUAAGUCAAUUAUCUUACAUUGUAUGUGAAAUGUCCUAUUCUAUUGUUAUUUAAAUUUAUUUCCAAGUUGCUAAUAUAUUUUGAUAUUUACUCAUACUUUUAGGUUUUCUUGAAAGUCUUUUCAUGGAGGCAUUCAUGUACAGCUAACAAUAUAAAUUGUUACCUUACACAUUAA